UGUGUAUAUUGAUAAAUUAGUAGAUGACGCCAAAAACCCUUGUACCGAUUCCCAACCUGCCAAUUGGAUUUCAAUUAUUUGCUAGAAAUACAAAUUGGUCUACCAGGGACAGGAAUUAAUCGUUGUUCUUGUUCCCGAAUGGAGCGUUUUACAAUUACUCCAAUGUUGUGCUUCUCUCUUGUCGCUAUUUUGUCUUCGGCAACCUGCCCAAGAGCAUGGGAUUUCAAACCGGAGAGGCUGUUGGAGUCGGCGAGGGAUCGGGGGUUCGUUGACUGGUUGAAAGGGGUUCGGAGGAGAAUCCAUGAGCUUCCAGAAUUAUCAUUUGAAGAGCAGCGAACGAGUCAGCUCAUUAGAAGUGAGCUCGAUUCGCUGGGGAUUGAGUAUGAGUGGCCAGUUGCAGAGACAGGGGUGGUGGCCACGAUAGGGUCGGGGGCUCAGCCAUCUUUUGGGCUUAGGGCGGACAUGGAUGCCCUCCCUAUGCAGGAAUUAGUGGAAUGGGAGCACAAGAGCAAAGUUGAUGGCAAAAUGCACGCCUGCGGUCACGAUGCUCAUGUGACAAUGUUGCUUGGAGCAGCCAAAUUGUUAAAGAACAACUCUGAUAAACUAAAGGGCACUGUUAAACUUGUUUUCCAACCUGCGGAAGAAGGUCAUGCGGGUGCCUACCAUAUGAUCAAGGCUGGGGCUGUUGAUGGACUCCAAGGCAUUUUCGCUUUACAUGUAGAUCCGUCAUUGCCUACUGGUACCAUCAGUUCCAGACCUGGUCCGAUGCUUGCUGGAUCAGGCAGGUUUAUUGCAAUCAUUCAAGGAAAAGGUGGACAUGCAGCAUCCCCACAUAAAACCAAGGAUCCUGUUCUGGCACUUUCUAUGACGAUCCUUGCACUUCAACAUAUUGUUUCACGAGAAACUGAUCCUCAGGAAGCCAGGGUUGUCUCCAUUGGAUAUAUUGAAGCUGGUGAAGCAUUCAAUGUAAUCCCUGAGAGUGUCAAGUUUGGUGGCACUUUCCGGUUCAUGGACUCUGAAAGUUUUAACUACCUUAAACAAAGGAUUAAAGAGGUGAUAGAAACUCAAGCUCAAGUGCUUCAGUGUACUGCAACAGUUGACUUCUUGGAGGACACAUUAAUCCCAUAUCCUCCAACCUACAAUGAUCCUACCCUGUAUGAAUAUACUAAAGGAGUUGGAGAAAGCUUGCUCGGGAAGAGCCGUGUGAAGCUGCAUUCAGUAACCAUGGGAGCUGAAGACUUCAGCUUCUACUCACAAAGGAUGCCCGUGUCAUUCUAUAUGAUUGGAGUAGCAAACGAAACGAUGCAUCCUGUCAAAGGUUUGCACAACCCCCACUUCAUUAUCGAUGAAGAUAUUCUUCCGGUAGGAGCGUCACUGCAUGCUGCGGUCGCACUGGCUUACUUGGAUGACCAUGUAGAAACACACUAGAUUCAUGUAACACUGGGGAUGUUAAAGCAUACUAAGGUUGAGAUGAAUCACUUGGCCUGGGUUCUUUUUUAUAAGAUAAUAUUUAUUUGAGAAAAAGUAGAGCAAACAAAUUUCAUUUGCAAGAAAACGAAAGAGUGCUCUGAGUAAUAUCAGAAUGCAGGAGAUUUGAAGCA